AUGGCGUCGAGGGUGGCCUUCCGACCGGAGGCGUUCCUAUGCUUCUCUCCUCCCAAGAUCAAGAGGAGCGCUAGAUCUCCCAGGAUUUCCAUGGCCUCCACCGUCGGCCCAUCCACCAAGGUUGAAAUUCCAAAAAAGCCCUUCAUGCCUCCACGUGAGGUACAUGUUCAAGUCACACAUUCAAUGCCACCUCAGAAGAUGGAGAUUUUUAAGUCAUUAGAGGACUGGGCAGAAAAUAAUAUCUUGGUGCAUCUGAAGCCGGUUGAGAAGUGUUGGCAGCCCCAGGAUUUUCUCCCUGAUCCAUCAUCAGAAGGAUUUUAUGAAGAGGUUAAGGAACUGAGAGAACGCUCUAAGGAGAUCCCUGAUGAUCAUUUAAUUUGCUUGGUUGGGGAUAUGAUCACUGAAGAAGCUCUUCCUACAUAUCAAACAAUGCUCAACACCCUUGAUGGAGUUCGAGAUGAGACAGGGGCAAGCCUUACUUCUUGGGCUAUCUGGACGAGGGCUUGGACUGCUGAAGAGAACAGACAUGGGGACCUUCUCAACAAGUAUCUAUACCUUUCUGGUAGAGUGGACAUGAAACAAAUUGAGAAAACAAUCCAGUAUCUGAUAGGUUCUGGAAUGGAUCCUAGGACAGAGAACAGCCCCUACCUUGGUUUUAUAUACACCUCAUUCCAGGAGAGGGCAACUUUCAUUUCCCAUGGGAAUACUGCCAGGCUUGCCAAGGAACAUGGGGACAUGAAGUUGGCUCAGAUAUGUGGUAUAAUUGCUUCAGAUGAGAAACGCCAUGAGACAGCGUAUACUAAGAUAGUGGAGAAACUGUUGGAAAUCGACCCAGAUGGUACCGUGCUUGCCUUUGCUGACAUGAUGAAGAAGAAGAUCUCAAUGCCUGCCCAUCUGAUGUACGAUGGUCUGGAUGACAACCUCUUCGAGCACUUCUCGGCAGUGGCCCAGCGUUUGGGCGUCUACACGGCCAAGGACUAUGCUGACAUACUUGAUUUCCUUAUUAAUAGGUGGAAAGUGGGGGAGUUAACUGGCCUCUCUGGGGAAGGUAAGAGAGCCCAGGACUUCGUCUGCACUCUUGCUCCCAGGAUCAGGAGACUUGAAGAAAGAGCUCAGGAGAGGGCGAAGCAAGCACCAUGCGUACCUUUCAGUUGGAUCUAUGGCCGGGAAGUGCAACUCUGAGCAUGACCGAUAUCUGUUUUGAUUUAAAUACCAGAAUGUUUUGAUUUAAAUACCGGUUCUUCUGGGUUGGCCAAAAUUUUGCGUCUGCAUGUUUGUCUGCUAUUUAUAGGGUUUGGAAAACAAUUAGCUUAAAAUCCAUAUUUUCUUUGUCAAUGGGUUGAGUCAGGAUGGGGGAAGCUGUAGAUACUCUUUUAAGCUAUAUCACAGAUAUCAUCUUAUGAGCAGGCCAAAGAUGCUGUCGAAGUGGUGUCCGGUUGGAAACCUUCAUGUUUCAAUGUCUUCUUUGAUGUAUAAGUACCCCCAUGUAGUAAAAUGGGCUGAUGAAUGUAUUGGAACCUAGUUCUUGCUCUCUUUUAUAAAUGUUUGUAUGCUUGCCCUGGAAUGUCUAAAUUUCAGUCUCUCAAGCUUAAGAUAUACAAGGGAAGUAAUAUUUUUCUUUUA